UCCUCGUGCAAUACACACACUACAACAUGAACUCCUUCGCUGUUCUGCUGCUCUGCGUCCAGGCUUGCUUGGUGCAGAAUGUGUUUAGCCAGUGUUGUGGCGGAGCUUACGGACCCGGUCUGGCCGGUGCUUACGGCGGCUACGGUGCGUACGGUGUGUACGGCGCUAAUGGCGCUUACGGUCUCGCUGGGCCAGCUCUCGCGGCGCCGCUCUCUUACGGCGCAGCUUACGGCGGUGAAGGUGUCGGUGACGUAGCCGUCGCUGGUGAUCUGCCGGUCGCUGGUACCACCCUGGUCGCCGGACAGGUGCCGAUCCUAGGUGCCGUAGAGUUCGGAGGCAUUGUGCCAGCCGGCGGAGAGGUUUCCAUUGCCGGCAGCUGCGGUUGCGGAUGCAGAGGAUCCUACCUCUACUGAGCGAUAGUGCGGAAGUGAAGAGGGAACAAAUAAAAGCAUUUACUGGA